AUGACAUAUAUUACACCACCUCUUUUUGCCAAUCGGAAAUCGGGAUCUUUACUAAUGGAUGAAGUAACUCAGCCGCUCAAUUACAGUGAUAACAGGGAUCGCAAUACCGAUGCCAUGAAUAGAAAUUUCGAUAUUGGUCCUCCCAGAGAAGGUAACAAUUACAAACAUUCGGAGCUCAAAAAGACCCUCCUAGACCCUGGUGCCAAAGUGGGAGGACCUUCUUCUCAGUCUUUAGUCAACUCGGCUUCGGAUUCGUCAUUCAGAACUGCGCAUUCUCAGAACAGUAAUUUGAAUGAGUCCAAGAUGGAUGCAGUGGAUGCUAACCGGAGAUUUAGCACUGAGUCUCAUUAUUCAGAUGUUGAUCAAACGCCCAUUGUUGCUCCAAAUGCUGCAUUCGAUAUCUCUACGCCACGUCUCGCCGUUGAAGGUUUUUCCAGAGACGUUGAGCCGGGUUCACCGGACAGCUUUACUUUCGUGGACCCCAGUUUAAGCAACACACGCACUGAACACAAGUCCGAUUUGGAUACACUUUCUUUUAGCACAACCGCAGGCGGUUUGGACCGCGGGCUGAAUACUGCAUAUAGAAGUGAAAAUCCCGAUAUUAAAGGUGCCAGUCCGGCAAAAAUUUCUCCUUCUAAAAUUGCUCUCUCUGCACGCCAAUCUCCGAGGAAGCUUGCGCGGAGUAGCAUCUACGAAGCCCACUCAAAGGAACCAAUUGAUCUCCCGAACGGUGAUGACUCUCCCUCCCCGUCUUUGCGCCCCCAGCAACCUAAUUUGUUUGAUAACGACUUUAACGGCGACGACACUACCAUGUCACACGACGAUACUUAUAUGCGUGAACUAACGCAAAUAAAUAAGAAUGAAACGAAAGUGGAGAGGAAGCACACUUUUAAAAGAAGCUCCGAGCUCGAUCUCGAUGAGUCAAAUUUAGCUUACUUGUUCAUUAUUGCGCUUCACUCUUUUAACUCACAAACAUUGAAAAAUGAAGACGACGUUAACAUAUGUCUCUCUUUUGAGAAAAAUGACGUUGCAUUCGUGCAUACAGUUGAUGAAUCAGGAUGGGGUGAAGUUACUCUCUUGAGGGGCCAGAAACGUGGGUGGGUCCCAUUCAAUUACUUUUCUGAUAUGGUUAAGGCGUGUGUGGAUUCGAAAAGCCCGCGCACUGGAGCCAUCGCUGAAGAAUCUCAAACGAGAACCCCCUUAACAAAACUCUUAUCGUCAUCAGCGAGGUUUUUGCUGCAUCCAAGAGACUUCGAGUUACCAAACCGUAAUAGUCGAAGUUUUUCUUUUAAAGACAUAAACGGUAUUAGAGACGGAGUCAAGUUUCUCUUAGAAGCCACAGGAUGUGUAUCCCGAUCAAACGAAUUGGUUAAAAACAAGGCAAAUUUGAAGAAGGCCAGAAAAUUACUUUUGGCAGAUUGGUAUAACCUCAUGAUAAAAGCAGACUCCUAUAAAUACACAACAGACGAAAGCAAAGUGUCAACCUUGGUUGAUCUCACAUUUCAAGUUUUGCGUAGAGGGCUGUCCUUUUACGACACUUGGCAUUUGGAAAAUGAAGCUUUUGAAAAUGAAAGAAAACAGGGGUUGGCUCAACCACUUUCAAAGAAACACCCCAAUCUUAAUGAAAAUACUGUUUACGAUAUCGAAGACCAAUCUCUCCGUCCUGUUACGUCGCACACACUGGGUUGUCAAAAUUUGGCGAGCCCACCGUUUGCAGUUCAGCGACUAAAUGAAGUUCAUGACCUCAUAUUUUCUUACAUUGGGGUAAUAUUAGGACGUUUAGAUCUGCUGGAACACAAUGCGGCCGGAUGUGAAGUGCUUGAGUCAAUUGUUCAUCAGAUUAUAGUCUUACUUCGAGAAUUACUCUACAUCAGCAAAUGUUGCUCAUCUGUGAUCCAGGACAAUUUGAGUCAUACACAGAAGUACGAGGUACCUUUGGAAAGAAGCCUGGAUCCUCUAUUGGCACUGGUAUCUGAGCUCGUCUCUUGCAUCAAACUUUUUGUCACCCAAUCAAUGAGUGAAGCCAUCGCAGAUACCGGUGUCCUGCCUGGUGGGGCUUUCAUAAAAGAUGAAGAGUAUUUUUAUACUGACGAAGGGAAGCAUUUAAUGACAAUAAUAUCAAAAAUGACGGGCCUUAUCAGUGUGUCAGUCAGAGGCUGUCACCAUUAUUUGAAAGUGAUCGGUAAUUUCCAAUUAGGAAAGGAAAGAGCCUAUCCGGACUUUCAGUCUUUUAGAAUUUCUCCCGAACAAUUUAUCAGGCGGUGUUCGAUUGGUUUGGUUAAGAAGAUACCCAACAAGCGGCAGGAAGGGAACGGUCCACAUCACUCAGUGACUCAGGAGAGAGACAGGCAUCCUUACGCCAAGAAAUUGUAUCGAUACUCGAUGGUGAGAGCUGGACGCGAUGGCUAUUCUCUCACUGCUUCGGGUACUCAACUUCUUCAAGAUAUUGUGCCCGAUAGUGUCUCCUUUUUAAAUGAUACAUCUUUUGAGAAGUUCAAGCUUGACGACGGUGAGGCUUACAUGACAUCGGGAAAGGAAGUGGUCUUGGAUAAGGAAAGGGUACAGGAAGAGCUUGUUUAUGACGUGGACAACAAACUUGUUGGGGCUUCUAACCGAGCUUUCGUUUACUUGAUUACUAACGAGCUAGACCCUCCGAAUGAAUUUAUACUAUCAACCUACUUGUUGAACUUCAGAUCGUUUUCGAAUGCUCUGGAACUUAUAUCAGAGCUCAUUACAAGAUUUGAUAUUACUGAUAAGUCACUGGCACUUGAAAAGGAUGUAGGCAAUGGUCAAUACUCAUCGAGAUCAUCACGUCUCAAGAAUAGACGGCGCUUAGUUUGUAAGGUAUUCCAAACGUGGCUGCAAAGCUAUUGGGACUACCAGAGUGACUUCACCAAUUUGGCGACUCUGGUCAAUUUUUUUAACGAGGGCAUUUCAAUCCACCUUCCGAUUGAAGCACGCACUUUAAUUGAAGUUGCGUCGGAGUUGACUCUAAAGUUGACCUCAUUAGAGUAUACUGAAAGGGUAAAUUCUGCGCAAACCUCACCUCGCGAUAUCAAUAUUCCGAGUAGAUCUUCCAUCAUAUCCUUAGAGUCUUUGGCUUCCAGUAAGAGGUCAACCAUGAUUUCUGUCAAUGACGAUAUUAUGGAUGAGUAUGAAUUAACAAAACUUCCAUCAGCUAGCACAAGCUCUAUCUCCCUUCCACUUCCUCUGUUGAACAUAGGGACUUCGUCACUACUAUCCAGAAGACAAUUAAAUGAUAUGGAACGUAUCAUCAAUGGCUAUUAUUCAAAGCUGUAUCCUUCUCGAGUAGACAAAACCAUGGGAAGCGAGUCCUCGCUGAACCGCAUGCUCGCAAGAUGGUCCGCACUUAUAAAAAACUUGUCUACACAAGUUCCACCACCUAAUCUCAUACACAACGAUUUGAACUUGGUUGACCUAAAUCCUUUGGAAGUCGCUAAGCAACUUUCGUUGAUUGAAUCAGCCCUGUUUCUGGCCGUUAAACCUGGAGAGUUGCUCAUACGACACAACUCGUCGAAAAGUAAUGCAUCAGAGUCUUCGUCAGCCAUAGAGGCAAUAAUUGACUUUUCCAAUCUACUAUCAAACUAUGUCAUCGAGUCACUGGUAAGCCCAAAGCUUUCAUACAAACUACGCUUAAGUCGCUUGAAAGCUUGGUUAAAUAUUGCGCUCUCUGCACUAUACUUUAGGAAUUAUAAUUCCUUAGCUACUAUCAUGACCAGCCUACAGAGUUCUGCUAUAAGCAGGCUGUCAUUUUUAUGGGAGGAAAUUAGUGACAAAUACGCUGAACUUUUCCACUACCUGUCAAAAAUUGUACACCCAAAUAAAAAUUACAAAAUUUACAGAACCAAAUUACACAAAUUGGCAACAGGCUUUUCACCACCUGAUAAUAUUUGUGUGAAAUCUCAAGUUCCCUCUAUUCCGUAUUUCGCACUUUUCUUGCAAGAUCUCACGUUGAUACAAGAGGGCCUGCACGACUUUCGUGACCCCACCUCGUUCAGGCCCAACAAGAUAGUGAACAUUGACAAAUAUACCAGAAUAACGAAAGUAUUGUCGCUUGUUCAGUUCUUUCAGGUUCCUUUUGACGUGGAUGAAAAACCAAACUUUUUGGGAAGCAAACGAGACUCAUUUUUUAACUUGUCCAAUAACGCGCGUAUUGAUACGACCAGAAUUCAACCGGUAGCCCUGUUGCAAGAGUUUAUUUUGUACGAGUUCUGGAGGAAUCACUUACUUUACUUGAAUGACAACGACCGUGGAUACAAUUUGAGUCUUGCGUUGGUGCCCCGCAGUCAAUAG